AUGACGUCGUCCCCUCGCCAACCGCACCAUUCUCUUGCGUUGCGCACUCUCACCACACUCGUCUCCGUCGACCCCAUGGCCACCGCAAUCCUCGCGACUGUCUCCGAGCAAUUCAAAAAUUUGUUCUUUUUCGACUGGAAGCCGAGGAAAACGCGCAAAACGGUCCGAUUCGCCGACACGUGCGGACGAGAGCUUUGCGAAAUCCGAGUUGCCGCCGAGUCCAGCGACUGUCCGCCCACGCUCGAUCCUUCGGUGCUCGAGCGCUAUCGCACCGACGGAUCCGAAGAGGAGCACAAGUUCGUGUGGAUUCCAUCGUUCCCUCAGCCGGCCGCCGACUUUACCCGCUUCCUUCGGACCCUUCUGCAGAACAAAGUGGCCCUCGAGAAUGUGGUGGUGAACGGGACGGACGUGCUCGGCACCGUCAAAGUGGCCAACAUGGAAUCGGAGGCCGAGAACGGCGAGAAGUCGGUGUUUGUGAGGUACACCACCAACGGAUGGGCGAGUUAUCUGGACAAGAGUGCCGUCGAAAACGCGAGAGUCCGAAACACUUCGACGUUCGAUUUUGAGAUUCCCGGCGACGGAGAACAGGUAAAUAUUUUGCUUUUCCAAAGAGAUGUUCGCGUUCUUUUCCAGGUCGAGUUCUGCAUUUGCUUCAAGACCAACGACGGCGAGUAUUGGGAUUCCAAUAAGGGAAACAACUAUAUUUUGAAUCGAAUGGAGAUGUGA